AUGAAUGACACCACUACUGCAAAUAUCCAUGAAAAAUGUGAGAAGCUACGGGCACUGGAAUGUUUAUGGCUCUAUCUUCUGAAGAACUGCGCCACCUACCUGCCUGUCGUUGGUGGAGUGCUUGUCUUGCUGAUCAUUCUCAAUAUCACGUGUAUUUACUGGUGUGUUAAACGACAAGUCAAUAGACAGCUGAUAAAUAUACGUAGAAAAGAUUGCAAUGAAAGGGAGGAUAGACCGAUUUCGGAGGCAAUAACAUGCAUCUACAAGACGAAUAAUGAAGAAAAAGAUUUCGCCUACGAUCUUGCUUCAGUUGCAAAGGUUGCGUCAAAUUUAAGCACUUCAAACGAGGGAUGCAUCUCUGAGGAAAGCAACAAACGUUUUAUCAGACCGAUGUCUCAUAAUAGUGACUACGACAACGUAUGGACAACAACUUGGACAAAACUGGCAUCACCUGAAGAUGAAUACACCCAGGUAGAGAAAGUAAAGAAAACAGCGGUGACGGUCAGCCAGGAUGAGGAGAUAUAUAGCAAACAGAAGCUGGAUGAUCUAGACACAACUGUAGAUGAUGAUGAACUACUGAAUGAAAGCAUACAGAAAAAUGGUGAACCCGAGGAGAUUUUGAGUAAAAAUGAUAAUAAAAGUUUACAAGUUCACGAACCAAAAAUGGCAAAGCAUGAAAAAAGUACGGUCAUAAUACCUAAGACCGAUCACAAAUCAGAAAGAUAUGUUGAUAAAGGUAAUGAUUUUAAAUGUAAAACAAAUGAUAUUCAGCAGCGUGAAAAGGGAUCUUCAGCAGGGGGUUGCCAAAAAGAAAGAACAUAUUCCUCGGAAACAAAUAAAAAUGUUCUUUGUGCGCCUGUAUUGUACACAGAUGAAGAGAGUGAAGACAGAAACACUGACAACAAAUCCGAAAGAAACGACGUCUCGUCAGGUCAAAUGAGAGGAACGAUAUCUCAUGAAGAGGUAUGUGGAGGAAAUGAAAGAGCUUCCUCAAAAACAAAAAACGCAAGUGGAAAUGAGAGUAGAUGUGAUCAUUCGAAGGAAAAUGAUAAGAAUAGUAAAGAAAAAGUUAGUAAGGGUAAGAAAAAAUGUCAAAAGGUUAAGAAAGUAGCAACCACCACCGAUAAGAGAAAAAGCAGGAAAUCUUAUCAAAGUGACGACUAUUGUAACGUCUCCAUAAACCCAGAGAAAACCAUGAAUUUAGGAAAUCUUUCAAGAGAAGAAGCUAAUAAGCGGGUGGAUGAAGCAACAGCAAUAUUGGUGGCCAACAUGAAUAAUGUCUCUUUAAAAACAAAAUUGUAACGGACUUUUUCAAAUAUCUUAAAUUAAUAUUACAUGUAUAUAAAAAGGGGGAAUAAAAUGUUU